AUGGCUCUUAAUGGUACAUUAUUGAUGCCUUACGCGAAUACUAUUACAGUAACUACCGGAUUAUCACGCUGUGAUAAUACAACAUUGGAUUUAAAUCAAACUGUAACUGAUCUUACAAAUUUGUAUCAAAGUAACAUUUCAAAUAUUACAUCAAAUGUUUUUCUUAAUAUUUCAAUCAGCAAUUUUAAUUGUUCUGCUACGGCGGAUAUGUAUUUUCAACAACUUAUCACUGUGACUCAAUCGAUUUCAAUUCGAAUUCAAAUUUUAUUUGCUUCGAUUUAUUAUGAUUAUAUAAAUGCGACUAGUUAUGUAUUAAAUGGUUUCAUUAUUGAUCCAGAGUCACAUCUUACUUUGUCAUCAAUCACUAUAAAUAAUAGUCUCGUAUCAGAUGCUUGUACAGCUAGCGAUAUUGCACGAGAUCCAAUUUGUCUGGCAAAUUCAUCAUAUCCAAUAUGUACUCUACAGUCAAAUAGAUGGACUGCUAAUUGCAGUGACCAUCUUGUUACAACUACCACUUUAUCAUCUGUAUCGAUUAUCAUGAAUAAUAAUUCAUUAGAUAUAGCAACAGUUGCAUCUGGUUUGAAUUCAUGGCAAAUAGGUCUUGCUUGUGGUUUAAGUGUUUUAUUUGCGUUACUAAUAAUUUUAACUGUCGGUUACCUUAUCCGGCGACACACACAUUCAAAACAAAUUGCUUUAUCACACGUAGAUAUUUACAAUGAUGCACAUUUAAUGCAUAUAGGUAAAAAACCUCAAAGUCAGGCAUUUAAACGAACAAAAACAAUUGUGCAACCUAAACAAGGUAGUAAAACAAGUAUAUCUUGGAUAUAUGAAGGUGAUAGUAAGAAUGAUAUUCUGAAGCAUAAAAAUUGUACUCAUAUUAAACCACCAGAACCUUUUAAUCAAGUCACAUUUGUUGAUCAUACUAAAAUACAUGAUCCAGGUUUCUCUCCAAAUCUUCCUUUACAACCAAUAACGCCUGUUAGUGUUCCUACAAGUCCUUCAAAUAGAACCGUAUCUAAAGCAUUUUCUACGCCAGUUACUCCUCGACCUAUAUCUCGCACUUCAAUGAAUCAAUUGAAAGCAAUAACUGAUGUAUUACAAGAAGAUAAACUCAAUGACUCUGAUAAUAUCUCAUUAAAUCAAUUUUGGUCAGAUAAUCAGAAAAAGCCAAGUACGCCUGUAUCAGGAAAAUCUGGAAACGUAUCCACUGCUGAUGAGAGUUUACAUGAUGAAGAUGCUUGGAUGUCCAUUUUAGAUGUUGUCAAUGCUGAACUCGCUAUGCUCGAUGAACAAGAUCGAAAAAAUUCACUAAUGUAA